AACAGUGUAUCCAAACAGCUCAUACUUGCUGUCUGUCGCUGUACUUCUCCACUUCUUCUCGCUCCUCUUACAACUGCCACCAAGUUUGGAAAUAAUGUCCGACCAAGGCGAGGGCGAAGACGAAGUCCAAUUUCUACGAACUGGUGAUGAAGUGGUCCUGCAGAGCGUCUUCACCUCUCAGGAGGAGCAUGUGAAAGUCUGCCUGGCUGCCGAGGGCUUUGGCAGCAGGCUGUGCCGGCUGGAGGCCACCUCCAACUGUAAGAAUGUUCCACCAGACUUGUCUGUAUGUGGCUUCAUCCUGGUCCAGUGUCUGUCUGUCCGAGCUCUGCAGGAGAUGCUGGCACACAGCGAAAGCCUGGUUGCAGAGGCAGCCGGGGGCAACCAUCGCACCCUUCUGUACGGCCAGGCUUUACUUUUCCAGCAUUCGUACAGCGGCAUGUAUCUCAGCUGCUUGUCCGCGUCGCGGUCCUCCACCGACAAGCUAGCUUUCGAUGUGGGCCUGCAGGAGGAUAAAGCGGGCGAGGCCUGUUGGUGGACUGUGCAUCCCGCUUCCAGACAGAGGUCAGAGGGAGAGAAGGUGCGCGCUGGUGACGACCUCAUCCUGGUCAAUGUGUCCUCAGAGAGAUAUCUGCACUUGUCCUUUGGCACGGCCUGUGACAACAGAGGCUUGGGUGACAGUCUGAUUGCGGAUGCAGCCUUCCGGCACUCACUGUGGAGCGUUGCCCCCUUGUGCUCUGCAAGUGGACUUGCGCAAGGAUACCUGAGGGGCGGCGACACGCUCAGGCUUCUCCACAGCCACACCGACGCAUGUCUGACUAUUCCGACAGCAGAACAAGAUGAAGAGCUGCAGAGGAUAAUGCAGUAUGAGAUUGGAUCAGUGUGCAGACAGGCCCGCUCUCUCUGGAGGCUGGAGAUCUUGCGUGUGGCGUGGAGUGGCAGACAUACAAGCUGGGGGGAGCCCUUCCGACUGUGUCACGUGACAACUGGACGCUAUCUGGGCCUGACGGACGAACGAGGCCUCCAUUUGGUGGAUCGGGACAAGGCAGACAUUAUUGCAACCUCCUUUUGCUUCCGUUCUGCUAAGGAAAAGCUGGACUGUGGACCAAAGACUCGUGCGGAUGGCAUGGGAUCCCCGGAGAUCAAAUACGGAGACUCGGUCUGUUACCUUCAGCAUGUCGACUCUGGCCUGUGGCUCACCUACCAAGCGACUGAUAGCAAGUCUACGUGCAUGGGAGGAUCUCAGCGAAAGGCUAUCUUGCACGGUGAAGGUCACAUGGACGACGGCUUGACGCUGUCUCGGUCUCAGAAGGAAGAAUCUCACACUGCCAGCCUCAUACGGAGCGCAACGCUCCUCUUCACGACUUUCGUCAGGAAACUUGAUUCUUGUAUUGGGCAAGGAAACCUCCAUUCCAUCGUUUUACCAGUGGCCGACGUGACACGCAGCCUCCAAGACCUAAUAUGCUUUUUCCAGCCGCCACCGGAGGAGCGGAGCCACGAAGCUCCACAAAACAGCCGAACUGCGUUAACGAAUCGGCAGAACAUGUUUCAAGAAGAGGGAGUGAUUGAGUUGGUAUUGGAGUGUAUUGACCAUCUACACCAGUAUAGUCACGCUUCACAUCUUCCUGAGGCUACACCAAACGAUGCUGGAGAAAACUGGGAGGUCAUCCUGGGGCAUUUAUACGAGCUUCUGGCCUCGCUUAUUAGGAGAAACCGGGCAAACAGCGCGCAUUUCUCUGGUUCGCUUGAUUGGCUCAUUAGCAGACUGGACCGACUGGAGGCCUCUUCUGGAGUUUUGGAGGUUCUGCACUGCGUUUUGGUGGAAAGCCCUCAAGCACUCAAUGCCAUCAAAGAGGGACACAUCCAAUCUAUCAUCGCUUUUCUAGACAAGCACGGGCGCAACCACAAGGUGCUGGAGGUGCUUUGUUCUUUGUGCGUGUGCCACGGCGUUGCGGUGCGCGCCAAUCAGAACCUCAUCUGUGAAAAUCUGCUGCCCGAGAGAGACUUGCUACUGCAAACUCGUCUGGUUAAUCAGGUCACCAGUGUGAGGCCCAACGUCUUCCUAUCUCUGGGGGAAGAUUCGGCGCAGCCCCGCCGGUGGUACUACGAGCUGGUCGUGGAUCACAUCGAUCCCUUCCUCACGGCGGAGCCCACGCACCUGCGAGUCGGCUGGGCUCUCACCGACGGCUACCAGCCCAGGCCCACCGGAGGGGACGGCUGGGGGGGCAACGGCGUGGGAGAUGACCUCUGCUCCUUUGGCUUUGACGGGCUUCACUUAUGGUCAGGUUGCGUGGGCCGCAGAGUGCGCUCUCCCUACCCUCACCUGUUGACCGACGAAGAUGUAGUCAGCUGCUGCCUGGACCUCAGCGCACCCUGCAUCUCAUUUCGGGUCAACGGUCUUCCUGUGCAGGGCAUGCUAGAAAACUUCUGCGUCGAUGGACUUCUUCAUCCCGUUGUCAGCUUCUCACCCGGCGUCAAGGUUCGGUUUUUGUUUGGAGGAGAACAAGGAGAGUUUAGAUUUCUUCCCCCGCACGGUUUUGUGCCGUGUUCUGAGGCUCUCCUCCCGAAUGUUAAGCUGGAGGUAGAACGGUGCCAUAAGUACCUCUUGGAACAUGAAGAUGGGAAACGGGAGCUUAUUGGCCCGUUUGAGCCCAGCGGUCCACUUACUUUCACUCCCUCGCCAGUAGACAUCAGCAAGGUGGAAUUACCUCUGCAAUUUGAGGAUAUCCGAGAUAAAAUCGCUGAGAACAUCCAUGAACUCUGGGUAAUGGAAAGGGUUGGUCUUGGAUGGUCUCAAGGAAAUGAGCGAGACGAAGGGAAGCUACUGGAUCCCUGUCUGGUGGAGUUCUCCAAGCUGCCCGAUCAGGAGCGGAACCAGAAUGUCCAAACGGCCCAGGACAUAUUAAGGACUCUUCUUGCUCUCGGUUUCCGCAUUGACUUAAAAGACGAAUGUACAGAGGAGGGCGUCCACUUCAUGCGAGUCUCCAACAGGUAUGAGCAGCCAGGUGGCUACAGACCGGCUCCGAUAGAUAUGAGCCAUGUUUUUCUAAGCGCCGCCCAUGAGGAAGCGGUCAACUUGCUGGCAGAGAAUGAGCACAACGUUUGGGCCAGAGAGCGUAUCAAGCAGGGAUGGACUUACGGCGCUCAACAGGAUGGGAAAUCAAAGCGAAGCCCGGACCUUGUGCCCUACAGCCUGCUUGAUGAGAGGAGUAGAAAGAUGGGACAAAAGCGAGUCAAGGAGGCAGUUUGCACCCUGCUGGCUUACGGUUACAGUUUAGAAACCCUCCACCAGGAAAAUAUCAUGUUAUCAAACGGCUGCUUCUUCUCUAGUGAAAAGUGCAGAGUGUUCCGAGCAGAUAAAUCUUUCGCCGUGACUCGGGGGAAGUGGUACUUUGAAUGCGAACUAGUCACUGCCGGGAAAGUGAGAGUUGGCUGGGCCAGGCCUGGCUGCACCCCUGAGAAAGAGCUGGGCUCGGACGACCAGGCGUUUGUGUUUGAUGGAUUUGAGUCUCGGUGGUACCAUCAGGGUGGGGAACCUCUGGGACGUUGCUGGCAGCAGGCGGAUGUGGUGGGUUGCUUGCUGGACAUGACUGAAAGCACCAUGAUGGUCACGCUCAAUGGAGAGUUGCUGUUUAAUGACCAAGGAUCGGAGCUGGCUGCGAAGAACUUUGACAUCAGAGAUGGCCUGCUCCCCGUGGUCAGUGUGGGCGUGAACCAGGUGGUGAGGCUGAACCUCGGCCGCCGGGAGGGCUCCCUGCAGUACUUGAGUGCAUGCGGUCUGCAGGAGGGUUAUGAGCCUUUUGCUUUCAAUAUGGCUCGAGAUCCUUCCCUGUGGAUGAGUUGGAAACAGGCUCAGUUUAAAUCCAUACUGUGCGAUGAUCCCAUCUCUCAGGUCAAUAGAGUCAUUGGCUCAAAUGAUUCCUUAUCGAGCCUGAGGGUCUCACGACGGUUGUCGGCACGCCACGGGGAAAGCAGCGAAAUUGGCUUUUACCGUCUCAGCAUGGCCAUCCAGUGCGCCGCUGUCCUCAGCAGCCCAGUGGGGGGCGCGCUGCCCGUGGCGUCCAGCUCUUUUUCUCCAGGAAGGAAAGAGCAGGAGGAGAUGGACUCUGACUUUGAAGUGCUGAUGAAGUCAGCCCGCGGCUUCGCUAGCUCAAGAGAUGAGCUUGAGUACAAGGAUCACGGUCAAGACAAAACGUCACGACUGAAGCAACGGUUUAUGCUGAAGCGAACCAAACCAGACCUGGUCAGCAGCAACUCCUCCGCUCGGCUCCUCGAGGACGUCCUAGUUGACAAAGAUAAUGCUGAUCACCUCACUCAGACCACCCGAUAUUACUACUCGGUGAGAAUUCUUCCAAACCAGGAGCCUUUCAACGUGUGGGUGGGCUGGGUCACCCCUGAUUUCCAUCAAAAUGACAUGCCGUUUGACAGCGACGAUAACCUCACAGUGACGGUCACCCUCGGAGACGAUAGUGGCAAAGUCCAAGAGAGCGUGAAGAGGAGUAACUGUUACAUGGUCUGCGCCGGAGAGGCGACAGGUUUGUCUCGGAGCCGAAGGAGUGCCGGCUUGGAAAUUGGUUGCUUGAUUGACACAGCCGCUGGGCUGCUAACGUUUACCUCCAGUGGCGUGGAGAUGUCCACCUUCUACCAAGUGGAGGCCAACACAAAGCUGUAUCCCGCUGUUUUCGUCAAGCCCACCACCAGCAACAUGUUUCAAUUUGAACUGGGACGCAUUAAGAACGUGAUGCCGCUGUCAGCCGGCUUGAUUCGCAGCCUGAGAACGACUUCGGCACCUCAUUGCCCGCCCAGGUUUCAAGUACAGCAUCUGUGCCCGGUCUCGUGGACACGAGUGCCUGACAGAUCUCUGAAGGUGAUGGUGGACCGUCCUGAUGAGCGUCACGGAUGGAGAGUCCAUUGCCUUGGGCCGCGUCAAGUCAUGGCCCUCCAAAUCCCUGAUGAAAGCAGGUGCAUCGACAUUUUGGAGCUGUCCGAGCUGGAUGACAUCUUGACCUUUGAGUACCACACCCUCCUCCUUUACUGUGCUUUAUGUGCCCUGGGCAACGCAAAAGUGUGCCACGCCAUCUGCAGCCAUGUGGACCAGUCCCAGUUCCUUCACGCCAUUCAGAAUCACCACUUGCCUGGCUCACUCCGCUCUGCCUUUUAUCAGCUUCUUGUUCAGGUUCACCUCAGCACUCAUGCCGCAGCACGUCUCAUGAUGAACCAUGAAUACAUCGUCCCUAUGUCAGACCAAACCAGAGACAUCACCCUUUAUCCAAUAAAUGGCGACAAUGGGCGAAAAUGUCCACUUCCUCUAUGCAUCCCGAGUAUUAGCGGAAGCACUUCCCUGAAACCACAAAUGCGGUUCUCCAGGCCUUGUUUCGUCAACACUGAUGUGAUGGGACGGGAAGUAACUAGCGGUGACAGUCCUGAAAUCCCUCUGGAUAUCCUGAAGAGCCUGACCGUGGAGAUGCUUACUGCAGCAGUGUGGGCUGUGCAUCAGGGUGUCAGGGACCCUGUAGGUGGCAGUAUGGAGCUUCUGCUGGUUCCCCUUCUUAAGUUGUUCCACACUCUUUUGGUGGUGGGGGUACUGACUGAUGAGGAUCUGGCUAAAGUUCUCAAACUAAUAGAACCCGGAGUCUUCGCCACAGAGGUGGAAAUGGAGGAGGAGGAGAAAGAAAAUGAACGCAAACAAGGACUGCUGCAAAUGAAACUUCCAGAACCGGUCAAACUUGAGCUGUGCAACGUGCUGACCUACCUGUGCGACAUGCAGGCGCGCCACAGGGUCGAAGCUGUGGUCGCCUUCUCGGAAAACUUUGUCGGGCAACUGCAGGAGAACCAGCACUUCCGCUACAAGCAAGUCAUGCAGGCGCUCAACAUGUCCGCCGCCCUCACAGCCCGCAAGACCAAAGAGUUCCGCUCACCUCCGCAAGAGCAGAUCAACAUGCUUCUGAGCUUCAGAGAUGGCGACCGGCAGGGGAACAGUCCGUGUCCAGUGGAAACCCAACAGCUCCUGCAAGACUUUCACCAGCUGCUCACUGCCCACUGCGGCAUUGAAUUGGACGCUGCCUCGGAAGAGGGUGAUCCCGGUGAGAUGUUAGUAAAGGAUCAACUUUUGAGCCUGGGAGCGAGAGUUCUCGGAAUAAAGUGGACAACCACACGAGGGGAGGAUAAUGGACCACUGAGUCCCAAGUCCCUCAAGUUGUUGAUCUCGGAAACAAUGCUGCGCUGGACACAAGAGACCGAGAUGGAGGAUCCCACCCUGGUCAGGGCCGUCUUCUCGUUGCUGCACCGCCAGUACCAGGGCCUCGGCGGCCAAAUGGCCUCCCCUCUUUCCAAAGCCUACACAAUUAGCCAAGCUUCCGUAGAGGACACCAUGACGCUGCUGUCCUCUCUGGGCCAAAUCCGCUCCUUACUUAGCGUUCGUAUGGGGAAUGAAGAGGAAAAACUGAUGAUCAGAAGACUAGGAGACAUCAUGAACAAUAAGGUUUUCUACCAGCACCCCAACCUAAUGAGGGCGUUGGGCAUGCAUGAGACAGUCAUGGAGGUGAUGGUCAAUGUUCUUGGGGAGAGAGAAUCCAAGGAGAUUUCCUUUCCGAAGAUGGUGGCCAGCUGCUGUCGAUUCCUUUGUUAUUUUUGCCGCAUAAGCCGACUCAAUCAGAGAGCCCUUUUUGACCACCUCAGCUACCUACUAGAAAACAGCAGCGUUGGACUCGCUUCACCAUCAAUGCGCGGGGCCACUCCUCUGGAUGUGGCAGCAGCCUCAGUCAUGGACAAUAACGAGCUGGCCCUCGCUUUGAGGGAGCCUGAACUGGAGAAGGUGGUGCACUACCUUGCCGGCUGUGGUCUGAAAAGCUGCUCACUGCUCAUGGCCCAAGGCUACCCUGAUAUUGGAUGGAACCCUGUGGAGGGCGAGCGUUACCUGGAUUUUUUACGUUUUGCUGUAUUCUGCAAUGGUGAAAGUGUCGAGGAGAACGCUUACUUGGUGUUGAGGUUGCUGAUCCGUCGUCCUGAGUGUUUUGGUCCUGCCCUGCGAGGUGACGGUGGACAUGGUCUCCUAGCGGCCAUGAAAGAGGCCAUAAACAUAUCAGAGGACUCCUCUAUCGAUGGACCUUGCAUGGCCUACCAGUCCAACGCAACCAUAAAUACUGUCCAGGAUGGCGAGAAUGACCUUAUCCAUAUGGGGCAUGCCAUCAUGACCUUUUACUCGGCCCUCAUCGACCUGCUGGGGCGCUGCGCUCCGGAGAUGCAAUUGAUUCAAAGAGGCAAAGGAGAAGCCGUCCGCAUGCGGGCCAUUCUGAGGUCGCUCGUACCCAUCCAAGAUCUCCAGGGAGUCAUUAGCAUCUCGUUUCAAGCCCCAUCGUUGUCAAAAGAUGGUUCCGUGGUUGAGCCCAACUUAUCGACAGUGUUUUGCCCAGACCACAAGGCCGCGAUGGUUCUGUUUGUGGACCGAGUCUAUGGCGUAGACAAGCAGAGUUUUCUCCUCAGCCUCCUUCGAAAUGGAUUUCUGUCCGACCUUCAGAUGGCCGUCUCUCUCGACACGGAAGACUUUGGAUCCACCGACAUGGCCUUGGCCCUCAACAGAUACUUGUGCUCGGCUGUGCUUCCGCUGCUCACCAAGCGUUCCGCCCUCCUCCGCGGUUUGGAGGACCACGCCGCCCUUCUGGAUUCUCUCAUCCAGGCCAUCUACAGCCUCUCCAGGGCUUCAAGCUUGACAAAAGCCCAGAGGAACACAACUGAGGAUUGUUUGUUGGCGGUGUGCAGUAAACUCCAGCCGGCUGUGAUGCAGCCUCUUCUGCAGCGUCUUGUCUUUGAUGUUCCCACUCUCACAGAGCAGAGCAAGAUCCCAAUCAAGCUUUUGACCAGUCAUUUCGAGCAGAGAUGGAAGUACUACUCUUUAACUGGUAGGCAGGGAAACCACAGCCUGGCCUCUGAAGAGGAGCUGCACUUAUCUCUGAAGCUGUUCUGGGGCGUGUUUAAGGCUUUGGCGAAGAAGCAAUAUGAACCUGACUUAUCCAAACUCUGUGUCCAAUGCCUCGGCACCAUGGCUGAGGCCCUGCCCCCUGACCAUUUGGGCCCACACUCUCUGCACCAAAUGGACAAAAACACGGACGGGAACUUUGAACCGCAACCUGUAGAAACCUCGAACGUGUCCGUGCCGGAGAGACUGGAGUUUGUGGUGAACAAGUACGCCGAGCACACCCAUGAGAAGUGGUCGCUGGAAAAGUUUGCCAACGGCUGGGUUCAUGGGGAGCAGCUAUGUGAGAACAGCAAGGUUCAUCCCCUCCUCAAGCCCUACAGGGCUUUGGCUGAAAAGGACAAAGAAGCAUAUCGCUGGGCCAUUAAGGAGACGAUAAAAAGUAUGCUGGCCUUCGGGUGGACCAUAGAGCGCUCCAGGGAAGGAGACGCGUUUGGCUUGCACGCUUGCAUGAGAAGAAUCUCGCAGUCCGGUCAGUUGUCUUUUGAAGGGGCGUCGACCUUCAGCCCUAAACCCUUUGACACCGGCAGCAUUACCUUAUCAUGGGAUCAGUGUGCUAUGGCUGAAAAGUUGGCCGAGAACUACCACAAUUCCUGGGCUAAGAGGAAGAAACUUGAACAAGAGAGUAAAGGGGCACGUGGGCAUGCUGUGCUCGUGCCCUUUGACAACCUGACUGCGAAGGAAAAGAGUAAAUUCCGGCAGAGGGCCCAGGAUGUGCUCAAGUUCCUUCACCUCAAUGGCUACACGGUGUGGAGGGAUCGCAAGAAUGCGGAUCUGGAGUUUCCAGCCACAGCCCAGUGUUUCGGCCACACUCUACUCCAGCGUUUGCUGUCUUAUACAGAGGAAGCUCAGGAGCACAUGUCGGAACUUGAGGUGACGCAAGCCAGAGGACAGAUCUCUAAAGGCGAGAGUGCGUCACGCCAGCACCCUGUUCAUUUCUUCCUCAAGGUUGUAAUUCCACUUUUGGAAGAAUAUGUGAGAGGCCACCGGCUGUAUUUCUUGUCUGUGUCGCACUCCUCGGACUUGAACAGAAGUCAUGCCUCCAAAAGGGAAAAAGAAAUGAUUGCAAGCCUCUUUUGUAAGCUUGCAGGCCUAGUCAGACGCAGGCUCUUUCUUUUUGGAAAUGAAACUUCAGCGGUCACAAGCUGCCUCUGUGUUUUGACCCGGGCACUGGAUGCCAGGACGUUGGCAAAGUCGGCGCCAGAGAGCAUCCAGGACUCUCUGCAUUCGUUCUUUGAAGCGGCCGCGUCAGACCUGGAGACGACCGUGGAAAACCUCUCGGCGACCUCUGUCUCGUUGCAUCAGUGUCGCAGUCAACAGGCGAAAGGCCUCGCCAAGGUGUUCAGCUACACAACCUCCGUGCUCUUCCCAAUGCUCACGUCCCUAUUCCAGCAUCUUGGCAGCCAGAACUAUGGUGUUGACCUUCUCGUGGGAAGAGUGCAGGCGUCCUGUUACAGGAUCGUUAACAGCCUCUACUCGCUUGGCACCAGCAGCGGCGUCUACAUGGAGGGGCAGAGGUCAGCCGCAGGUGCUUGUCUGGCAGCGCUGACUGCUGCUUUUCCUGUUUGCUUCCUGGAGCCAUCCAUCAAUCCAAACAACCCUCACUCCAUCUACAAUACAAUGAGUACACCUGAAAGAGAUGACCUGGGAUUGCCAGUUGAUGCGGAAGAAAUAUGCCCCCUUCUGCCCUCUCUGGAGCAAGCGAUGGGGGAAGCGCAGGAGUUGACGGAUGCCGGCGCCGCCGCUGGGCAGGCCCAAUAUGUCCAUGUCACGAACGUCACGUUGCCAAUGCUGUGCGCUUAUGUGUCCCGCUGGUGGCGAGACAGCCCGGUCCUCACAUCUGUAACUCCUCAGCACGCCAGCGACCUGCUGGGGCACAUUCUCCGCAUCAUCCACAACCACGUGGGUGCGAGCCAGGGUGACUGGAUGAAGCAGCUGGCAGUCCAUUCCCAGCCACUCAUCUCCAAAGCCCGUGCUGAGCUGCUCAAGAGCCACUUCCUUCCUCUGAUGGACAAGUUGAGGAAGAGGGCGGAAAAUGUGUUGCUCUUGGAGGAGCGAAUGAAAGUCGGAGGCUGCGCUACGUCGGAAGCAGAAUUGCAGAUACAGGAGAAGUUCAGUGUUCUCGUGCGAGACCUCUACGCAUUCUAUCCUCUCCUCAUCCCCUUUGUGGACUCCAAUCGGGCCCGUUGGCAGCAAGAGCCAAACCCUGAUGCUGAGCAGCUGUUCAGCAUGGUGGCAGAGGUCUUUAUUUUCUGGGCCAAAUCUCAUAAUUUCAAGUGGGAGGAACAGAACUACGUGGUCCAAAACGAAAUCAACAAUUUGGCAUUCUUGGUCAACGACAACACAUCAAAGCUUGACUGCGAGAAAAGGCGGAUGAAGAGGAAGGGCGAUCGUUAUUCCGUACACACUUCCCUCAUCGUGGCUUCCGUGAAGCGACUUCUCCCGGUGGGACUGAGGGUUUGUUUUUCCAGCAAUGAGACUCUCAUCAUGACUGCAAAGAGCGCUUUCGCUCAGAAGAACACUGAGGAUGAGAUUCGUGACCGUGUGUAUAAAUACCUUUUACGUUCUCAUGGUCAGUCAUCAACACGCUUGAACCGAGACAUCUUUAAUUCAUUCCCCGCCACUGACGUGGAGACAACUGUGGACAAGAUUGUGGCACUUGCUCGAGUCCUCCAUUACCUUGAUCAGGUGGAACAUCCGCACAAGCAUAAAAGAGCAACAUGGCACAAAGUCUUGUCCAAGCAGAGGAAGCAAGCGGUGGUGGCCUGUCUGAGGAUGGCUCCCCUUUACAACCUUCCCAGGCACAGAGCCGUCAACCUGUUCCUCCAAGGCUACAAUAAAUCCUGGAUAUUAGCUGAGGAGCACACUUUUGAGGAGAAGCUCGUGGAGGAUUUAGCUAAACUCCGCAUGACGGAGUUGACAGGAGGAAGACAAGAGGAGAAAAGAGAUGGCGCCAAACUGAUGGAUCCCCUCCUACAGCUCAUCACGCUCUUCAGUUGCAGUGCCUUGACAGAAAGGAGUGAUCUUGAAAUCGACUGGCUCUAUGUUUCCUACGUGGAGAUAAUGGCCAAGAGCUGCCAUCGGGAAGAUGACGACGAGGAGCGACAGGAGCUGCAAAGUUUUGAAGAGAAAGAGAUGGACAAGCAAAAGCUGCUGUACCAGCAGGCCAGGUUGCAUCUUCGUGGAGUUUCCGAGAUGGUCUUGCAAAGUAUUAGUGCCAGCAAAGGGACCAUGGGCUCCAUGAUUGCUCCAACACUCAAGCUGGGUAUUGCCGUUCUCAGCGGAGGAAACGCCGCCGUUCAGCAGAAAAUGCUGGAUUAUUUGAGAGCAAAACGAGACGUCGGCUUCUUCCAGAGCAUGGCCGGACUCAUGCGGUCAUGCAGUGUGCUGGAUCUGAAUGCAUUUGAGCGACAGAACAAAGCUGAAGGAUUAGGCAUGGCCACGGAUGAGCGCUCAGAGAAGGUGAUGCCUGAUGAAGAGCUAACCUGCGACCUGUUCCGUUUUCUGCAGCUGCUUUGUGAAGGACACAACUCUGAUUUCCAGAAUUACCUGAGAACACAGACGGGUAACAAUACUACCGUCAACAUGAUCAUUUCCACUGUGGAUUACCUACUAAGAAUACAGGAGUCCAUCAGUGACUUCUACUGGUACUACUCUGGAAAGAAUGCCAUUGAUGCGCAAGGCCGCUGCAAUUUUUCCAAGGCUAUCAAAGUGGCCAAGCAGGUCUUCAAUACACUCACCGAAUACAUACAGGGGCCGUGUAACGGAAACCAGCAAAGCCUCGCUCACAGUCGUCUGUGGGAUGCCGUGGUUGGAUUCCUCCAUGUCUUUGCUCAUAUGCAGAUGAAGCUCUCCCGGGAUUCAAGGCAAAUAGAGCUCCUAAAAGAGCUCAUGGACUUACAAAAGGACAUGGUCGUCUUCUUGCUGUCCAUGUUAGAAGGUAACAUUGUAAACGGAACCAUCGGAAAGCAGAUGGUGGAUAUGUUGGUGGAAUCGGCGAGCAACGUGGAGAUGAUCCUCAAGUUUUUCGACACGUUCCUCAAACUUAAAGACCUCACCGCUUCGGAUGUUUUUCACCAGUUUGACCCCGAUCGCAAGGGCUGCGUCUCCAGGAAGGACUUCCAGAAGGCCAUGGAGCUCUCCAAGCAGUUUUCACAAGUUGAAACUCUUUUCCUCCUCUCCUGCGUUGAGUCGGACAAUCGGGAAAUCCUGGAUUACGAGGCUUUCGUGGAUCGCUUCCAUGAGCCGGCCAAAGACAUCGGCUUCAGCAUCGCCGUGCUGCUCACCAAUUUGUCCGAGCACAUGCCCAACGACUUAAGGCUGAGUGCCUUCUUGGAACUCGCCGAGUGCGUCCUGACUUACUUCCAACCCUAUUUAGGCCGCAUCGAGAUCCUCGGCGGCGGCAAGCGCAUGGAGCGCGUCUACUUUGAGAUCAGUCAAUCUAGCCGCACGCAGUGGGAGAAGCCUCAGGUGAAGGAGUCGAAGCGGCAGUUCAUUUUCGACGUGGUUAACGAAGGUGGCGAGAAGGAGAAAAUGGAGAUGUUUGUCAACUUCUGCGAAGACACAAUCUUCGAGAUGCAGCUGGCGGCUCAGAUCUCUGGCUCUGAAAGCGGAGAGCGACACGGGGGAGAAGAAGAAGAAGAAGAGGAAAACGAAGACGGAGGCCUGGAUAAGAAGCGAAUGUUUUUCAUGUGUUCACCGACGUCUCUCAUAUCUAUCAAAAAGCUUCGCGCUCUCACAAAAAUGACCCUGAAGGAUGUCCUCUUGUCAUCUGUUGCACUCCUCAGAGUCCUUCUCGUUACUUUGCUCCGGUUCGUUUGUUUUGUAGUGAGCGGCACUAGCCACGUGCUCUACGUCGCUUUUGUCAAUGGCGGACUCAUCGAAGGGGCCAAAAGGAUGACCCUGUCGGACGUGCUCGGCGGUAUUCUCGACCCGACGCUUGAUGAGGUCACGGAGGUAACAAGUGGUGCGGACCGGCUAAGGCGGCGCUCGGCCGCUUUCUCCCCUCGGCGGGAGAGCAGGCAGAUAGAAGCCGUGACCUCCGGCAUGGAGACGGACGUACUUUCUGACAUAUUUGGCCUCAAAGUCAAAAGAGACGGGGGACAAUACAGCCUCGUGGCACAAGACGUGACGAGCCAUCUCACAGAUGUGUUCAUCCGCAGUGACGCUACGUUUUCCGAUGGACAUCAGGGGCUGCUCAAGGCUGAUGUGGCUGAAAAGGAAAAAGCUGAGAAAGAGAUGAUGCCUGAAUCUGAAAAGCUUUGUUCAGAAUCACGCGUCUACUUUGAGAUCAGUCAAUCUAGCCGCACGCAGUGGGAGAAGCCUCAGGUGAAGGAGUCGAAGCGGCAGUUCAUUUUCGACGUGGUUAACGAAGGUGGCGAGAAGGAGAAAAUGGAGAUGUUUGUCAACUUCUGCGAAGACACAAUCUUCGAGAUGCAGCUGGCGGCUCAGAUCUCUGGCUCUGAAAGCGGAGAGCGACACGGGGGAGAAGAAGAAGAAGAAGAGGAAAACGAAGACGGAGGCCUGGAUAAGAAGCGAAUGUUUUUCAUGUGUUCACCGACGUCUCUCAUAUCUAUCAAAAAGCUUCGCGCUCUCACAAAAAUGACCCUGAAGGAUGUCCUCUUGUCAUCUGUUGCACUCCUCAGAGUCCUUCUCGUUACUUUGCUCCGGUUCGUUUGUUUUGUAGUGAGCGGCACUAGCCACGUGCUCUACGUCGCUUUUGUCAAUGGCGGACUCAUCGAAGGGGCCAAAAGGAUGACCCUGUCGGACGUGCUCGGCGGUAUUCUCGACCCGACGCUUGAUGAGGUCACGGAGGUAACAAGUGGUGCGGACCGGCUAAGGCGGCGCUCGGCCGCUUUCUCCCCUCGGCGGGAGAGCAGGCAGAUAGAAGCCGUGACCUCCGGCAUGGAGACGGACGUACUUUCUGACAUAUUUGGCCUCAAAGUCAAAAGAGACGGGGGACAAUACAGCCUCGUGGCACAAGACGUGACGAGCCAUCUCACAGAUGUGUUCAUCCGCAGUGACGCUACGUUUUCCGAUGGACAUCAGGGGCUGCUCAAGGCUGAUGUGGCUGAAAAGGAAAAAGCUGAGAAAGAGAUGAUGCCUGAAUCUGAAAAAUGGGAGACGUGUGAGGAGACGAUGUCGAAGGGGGAGGAACGGAAAGCCAAGAGACUCGCUAAUAAAUCAGAGGAAGCAGGAAGCCGGCAUUCCGCUUUGGGAGAGAUGAUAAGGGCUCAUCACAAGAGCUUACUGAAUUACUUUGCCAGGACAUUUUAUAACCUGCGCUUGCUGUCCCUUUUUGUCACCUUUGCAAUCAACUUCAUCCUCCUCUUCUAUAAGGUAGUAUCAUUGCCAACGUCACCCGAAAAAGAAGCGGGCACAUCACUUGAAUCAGUGGAUGAGGGAGACGAGGGCGGUGAUUAUUAUGUUUUGGAAGAGAGCAGUGGUUACAUGGAGCCAUCACUUCACCUCCUGGCCAUGGCGCACACGCUCAUCUCCUUCUGUUGCAUUAUAGGUUACUACUGCCUCAAGGUACCGCUGGUCAUCUUCAAACGGGAGAAGGAAGUGGCCCGACGACUUGAAUUUGACGGCCUGUAUGUGGCACGGCAGCCCCCGGAGGAGGACAUUAAAGGCCAGUGGGAUCGGCUGGUCAUUAACACGGCAUCGUUUCCGGGUAACUACUGGGAUAAGUUUGUGAAGCGAAAGGUGAUGGACAAGUAUGGGGGCUUUUACGGCCGUGAUAAGAUGAGUGAACUUCUCGGUCUGGACCAGGCAUCCUUAGACUUCAGCUCUGAGGGAACCGAGAGAAACAGGCUCCGAAAAGAUGCUGCCUGGGUCACUCUAUUGAACUCCAUUGACGUCAAGUACCAGGUCUGGAAACUCGGAGUUGUUCUCACUGACAAUUCCUUCCUCUAUUUGGCCUGCUACAUGGCCAUGUCAGUUUUGGGCCACUAUAACAACUUUUUCUUCGCGGCGCACCUUUUGGACAUCGCCAUGGGCAUUAAGACUCUUCGCACCAUCCUCUCUUCUGUCACACACAAUGGAAAACAGUUGGUCCUGACUCUGGGUCUCCUGGCUGUGGUGGUCUAUCUCUACACGGUGGUGGCCUUCAACUUCUUCCGCAAAUUUUACGACAAGAGCGACGACCAGGGCGCCCGAGACAUGAAGUGCAACGACAUGCUGACUGUGAUGGACAAGUAUGGGGGCUUUUACGGCCGUGAUAAGAUGAGUGAACUUCUCGGUCUGGACCAGGCAUCCUUAGACUUCAGCUCUGAGGGAACCGAGAGAAACAGGCUCCGAAAAGAUGCUGCCUGGGUCACUCUAUUGAACUCCAUUGACGUCAAGUACCAGGUCUGGAAACUCGGAGUUGUUCUCACUGACAAUUCCUUCCUCUAUUUGGCCUGCUACAUGGCCAUGUCAGUUUUGGGCCACUAUAACAACUUUUUCUUCGCGGCGCACCUUUUGGACAUCGCCAUGGGCAUUAAGACUCUUCGCACCAUCCUCUCUUCUGUCACACACAAUGGAAAACAGUUGGUCCUGACUCUGGGUCUCCUGGCUGUGGUGGUCUAUCUCUACACGGUGGUGGCCUUCAACUUCUUCCGCAAAUUUUACGACAAGAGCGACGACCAGGGCGCCCGAGACAUGAAGUGCAACGACAUGCUGACUUGCUACAUGUUCCACAUGUACGUGGGAGUGCGAGCGGGAGGGGGGAUCGGGGACGAGAUCGAGGACCCCGCCGGUGAUGACUCUGAGGUGGAACGUAUUGUCUUUGACAUCACGUUUUUCUUCUUUGUCGUCGUCAUCCUACUGGCUAUCAUUCAAGGCUUGAUAAUUGAUGCCUUUGGGGAGCUGCGUGACCAGCAGGAGCAGGUGAAAAAGGAUAUGGAGACCAAGUGUUUUAUUUGUGGAAUAGGGAACGAGUACUUUGAUAAAGUUCCUCAUGGUUUUGAGACCCACACUCUGCAGGAGCACAACUUGGCCAACUAUCUGUUUUUCUUGAUGUACCUCAUUAACAAAGACGAAACUGAACACACAGGACAGGAAUCCUAUGUGUGGAAAAUGUACCAGGAACGUUGCUGGGAAUUCUUUCCCGUGGGAGACUGUUUCCGUAAGCAAUAUGAAGAUCAGCUGGGAUGAAAGGAAUCCAUUCCUCGAUAAUGUCGUCACAUACUUUAGAAAGCCAUCUGCGUUGUUGCCGUCUGGAUUAACUGGAACUCGGUGUGCACACUUUCCAUUUUGGACUUUGAUGUCAUUUUCCCUCACACAUUAGAUGUAUUUGUGUAUCAAAAAUUCAGUGGCAUAAUGUAUCAUUGGAGAAAUAAAAGGGAAAUUAGCAUUUUGGAGGGGGUGUCGUGGGGGGGGAACCUUUCAUCAAAACAGCUGUCAAAACAAAGUUACAAAGACCUGCAAUCCAAAUUAAAGCUCGCAGCCACGCGCGCUCAUGUUUUGUGACUGAAGUCAUUUGUCUUGCUAAUCGCAGCCUCCCAACCCUUCUCCCAGUGUGACAUGCAGAUAAACACUCUCCCUGUGGCAUUUGUUCCCCAGCACACCUUUGAAGGAUACUUCUUGCUUGUCAUGACAAUCUCUCCAGGAUCCUCCUUGUCCUUCUCAUCCCCCCCCACCUUCAGCUCCCAUCCCUCAUCUUCGUGUUUUGCGGCCUCAUUAUAAACGAUCGUGUAGCGCGCUGACAGCUCAGGUCGCAAUGUGUCCACGGAAAUAGAUCUUCAGAGCUUUAAAUAUUAUUGAACAUGAACUUUUUAAAAGCUUGUUUACAAAUAGUUUGCUUUGUCCAGCCAUCAAGUGUGAAAUGAGCGAGACUUUGUGCACUCUUAUAACUGAGUCGAAUUUACAUCAUAACCACCGUUGUACCCCAGUUUCCCCUUCCACGAUUGAAGCGGCUAGGCCAGGUGAAGAUCCAAGGCCACUUUGAUGCGAUGGUCGGACUUUUUGAAACCCCGUUGUGCCGACACACCCACAUGUCAAAGCCAAAAUGUCAGCAGACCCACAUUGAGCUUUGUCGGAUGCACAGAUUAGCAUUAGCAGUGUGUUGCCUUCAAGUCGAGGCGUCUUUGGUGAUUGCUUGUUCCCCUUGAU